AUGCCAUCGCGGACUCUCCCUACCUUUACCCGCGCCGAGGUCGAGGCUCAUAACAACAAGAAGUCCUGCUAUGUCACCAUUGGAACCAAGGUCUACGAUGUGACCGACUUCGCCCAAGAUCACCCCGGUGGUGCCGAUCUCGUUUUCGAGUACGCUGGCAAGGAUGUUGAGACUAUCUUGCGAGAUCCAACCUCCCAUCCCCAUUCCGAGGCGGCUUAUGAGGUCCUUGACGAUUCGCUUGUCGGCUUCGUCAUCUCCCAGAAGUCAGUCAACGGAUCUGUUCGUCAAGUUAACGGUAGCGCGAACGGGCAUGCGAACGGGAACACCAACGGCAACGGUGCUGCCAAGGCCGAAGAAGAGCCCAAGAUCAACGAGAAUGGCGAGCUUUGGGAUGGCGAACGAUGGGUCCACCCUCGGACGGGUAUGGCUAACGAGGAGGACUUGAGCAAAGAGACGGACUACUCGACGGACUACAAGAGACACAAGUUUCUGGAUCUGAGUCGGCCGUUGUUCCCCCAGAUCUGGUAUGGAGGCUUCAGCAAGGAGUUCUACCUUGACCAAGUUCACCGGCCUCGUCACUACAAAGGUGGCGAAUCUGCACCGCUGUUCGGCAACUUCCUCGAGCCUCUUUCCAAGACGCCUUGGUGGGUUGUGCCACUUGUAUGGCUCCCCCCGGUAGCAUAUGGCACAUACCUCGCUAGGGAGGGCAUGGACAGCGCUUUGCAUGAGACCUGCUACUGGAUGUUCGGCUUUGUUCUUUGGAGUUUGAUCGAGUAUGUUCUUCAUCGAUUCCUCUUUCACCUCGAUGACUGGCUUCCUGACAACCGAGUCGGCAUCACUAUGCAUUUUCUUCUCCACGGCAUUCACCAUUAUUUACCCAUGGAUAAGUACCGUCUUGUCAUGCCACCCACGCUUUUCGUCGUACUUGCUACGCCAUUCUACAAGUUGGCGCACUUUGUCUUCUCGUACAGCUGGCACGCUGCCACUGCUGUUUACUGUGGAGGUAUCUUCGGCUACAUUUGCUACGACUUGACACACUAUUUCCUCCACCACCAAAACCUCCCUCUUUGGUACAAGGAGCUCAAGAAGUAUCACCUUCAGCACCACUUCCUUGACUACGAGCUCGGUUUUGGCGUCACCAGCCGGUUCUGGGACAGCGUUUUCGGCACUGAGCUGCCUCCCAUCGUCAAGACCCAGUAA